CCGAAGACCCCGGUGUCAUAGCCGGGAGGUGGAGAAGAGGAAACCAGAGGAGGAAGAGGCUCCUCCGAAGCUCGAGCUCGGGUGUCUGGUCUCCGGCGACAGUAAGUCCACGACGACCGCGGGCAGUCGGCGAUGGGUUCCUGGUGGGAGCGCGUCGUGCUGCCGGUGCGCCGGGUCUGGCUCGGCGUCGCCGCCCGCUUCGGGGUUCGCCAGUCAGGGCUGUGGAGGCUCCGGCAGGAGGUGAGCACGUGCGAGUACGACGACGUGCGGGUCAUGUGGGAGAUGCUCAGCCGCACCUCCUCAGCGCCGGCGCCCAGGCGCCACAGCAGGUUCCGCCAGCCGCGGCCGUGGGCCGACAGGCUCCGCCUCUGCCGGGACAUCUAGCCCCGCGCGCCCGAUCGCUCCAGGUCGCCGCGCGGGC